AGCCCCAAUUCAAGUUUACCCUAGACAAAAUUGUUUCGUGAAAACUGAUAAGAAUUUUAUAAAAAUCCUACUCAAUUCUUAUAUAAGAUUUUCCAAGAUCACUUGUGUUGAUACUGUAUAUUCAUCUAUGAAACAAAUUCACUCUAAAAUCAGUUUAAUCGAUACAGUACUAUCUUACUUAAAACCUAUUUGGAUUUUCAGUAUAAAGCGACCGUGGUCGUAAGUGGAGUAAUGCAUUUGACAUCGAGAGGAAAUCUGCUCAAAAUUCUUGGGUGACUGCUUCCAGGCACAUUCUUCCAAAUUUGCAUCGACUAAAAGUCGGCAACUUUUCUCUGUGCUAGUUCUCCUCUUUAAAUGAACCGAGAUGCAGACCUGUAAAGUUUUCUCGAAAAUCGGUUUUUCAGAGAAUAUACAGUAUCAACACAAGUGAUCUUGGAAAAUCUUAUAUAAGAAUUGAGUAGGAUUUUUAUAAAAUUCUUAUCAGUUUUCACGAAACAAUUUUGUCUAGGGUAAACUUGAAUUGGGGCUAUGUUUAUCAGCGAAGAGAAUUAUUCAAGAAAAGAGAAGCAACCUUAUUUAUUUUAGCAAAAAUCGUCACAAUACAUUUUUUGGAGUUUAGAUGAGUAUCUUAUUAUCAGCCCAGAAUUAGUAGAACAAGAAAAUGAUUAUGUUGUUCUGGAUUGGAAUGAAGAAAUACAGUACGCUACUAUUCGAAAUGAACGAUGGUACAAAUAA